AUGCCGCCCAAAUCUACUACUAGGACCGCUGUGUCCAAGGCGAAGAACCCUGAGCCUAGCAAAGAAGAUACACAACCAAGUGCCGAACCAGCUUCGGUAAACGAGCUCUCCAAGCGCCGCUACUACCAAACCAACCCCGUCACGAAACGAAUCGAGACCGACGGCCUCCCGGCCCUCACCCCCACCGAGCGCCAAACCUGGGCCAACGCCCAAUUCCUACCCCGCGUCGCCGGCAAGCAGACGAACCUGCCCGCCAAGGUCGAGAGGGAGUACUGGAAGCAAGUAGCCAAAGACAACCUCCCCAUCCGAUCACUAAGGAAAGGAUACACGUGGGGCAGCGACAAGACCGGACGCGACGUGGGAGAGUACACGCCCGAGGACUUCGAGGCCCGGAGGCGGAAACAGGAUCGUUUGGCGGCGCUGACGAUUGAGCACGAGAGGUUCUUGUCGAGGAGGGAGCUACAGGAACGAGGGGUUCGCGAUAGGAAGGGAAAUCUUUACGUGCUUACGGAGGAGGAUAUUGAGAAGGAGAAGAGCAGGAGGAAAGAGAUGGCGCAGCUGAAUCGGGAACUGUAUGAUGGUGGUCGGCCGAGUCGGUAUGCGACGGACCCGGAGUGGGAUGACGUCGUUCCUAUUCCUGCCGUGGAGCCGGAGAAUGCUCUAGCUGCCAUCGCCUACCCAGAUGACUAUGCUGAAGCCAUGUCCUAUCUCCGUGCUGUGAUGGCCGCCGAAGAAUGCUCCCCCCGCUGCCUCCGCCUAACCGAACACAUCAUCUCCAUGAACGCCGCCCACUACACCGUCUGGCUCUACCGCUUCAAGAUCGUCUCAACACUAAACAUCCCCGCUCCCGACGAGAUCGCCUGGCUCAACGAGGUGGCCCUCGCCCACCUCAAAAACUACCAGAUCUGGCACCACCGCCAGCUCAUCAUCGACCACUACUACCCGCAGAUCGCCUCCGACGCAGACGCCCUCAAGAAGCUGGGGCGGUCGGAGUCGCAGUUCAUCACUACCAUGCUCGCCGAGGAUACGAAGAAUUACCACGUUUGGUCGUAUAGGCAGUACCUCGUGCGCAAGCUUAAUCUAUUUAACUUGCCUGAGCUGCUCUCGACGCAGAACCUUAUCGAGGACGAUGUAAGGAAUAAUUCGGCCUGGUCGCACCGUUUCCUUGUCGUCUUUUCGGACCCCGAGGCUUCAACGCCGGGGUCUCAUGCUACUGAGUAUGACGCUAAAGUCCCCGCCGCUACGGUGGACCGCGAAAUCGCCUACGCAGAGGAGAAGAUUGCGCUGGCGCCGCAGAACCAGGCUGCGUGGAAUUACCUGAGGGGAGUCCUCGUCAAGGGCGGAAGAAAAAUGAGCGAGGUUAAGAGCUUCUCUGAGGGCUUCGUGACCGGGCUGGGUGACGAGGACGCCGAGGAGGUCAAGAGCUCGCAUGCGCUGGAUUGCUUGGCUGAAGCUUACCUCGAGGAGGGCGAUAAGGAGAAGGCGAACCUAUGCCUUGAGAGGCUAGCCACUAGGUGGGAUCCCAUUCGGGCUGGUUAUUGGAAGUAUCGACAGCAGCUUGUCGAGGUAGCCUGA